AUGGACUCGAUACCGAUGCUCAGCACUGCUGAGCUCAACGCCAAAGCCCUGGACAAGUUCGUCUACCAACCUGUCGACACAGAUAUGAUCGAGUACUUGGCAGAGGCCGCCGCCAACGUGAUCCAGUGCGAUACGAGCAUGAUGCCGCCGCCGGCGCAAUCCAAGUCGAGGCACGUCUCGCCGCAGCGGGAACCGUCAGCGAGGGCGGUCAAGGGCAGCGACACCCCUCUUCCCACCAUCGAGGAGUUCAUCACACAGCUCGUCAUCUCUUCUAACGUGCAGGUACCAACGCUCAUGUCGUCGCUGGUCUACCUGCGCCGCCUCAAGUCCCGCCUCCAGCCCAUGGCCAAGGGCCUGCGCUGCACCACCCACCGCAUCUUCCUGGCCGCCCUCAUCCUGUCGGCCAAGUACCUCAACGACUGCAGCCCCAAGAACAAGCACUGGGCCAACUACAGCGUCGUGUCGACGCACGCCUACAGCUUCGGCUUCAGCCGCACCGAGGUCAACCUGAUGGAGAAGCAGCUCCUCUUCCUCCUGGACUGGGACCUGCGCAUCACCCAGGAGGACCUCUACCGCGAGCUGGACGACUUCCUCUCCCCGAUCCGCUCCGAGGUCAAGGACCGCCACGUGCGCCGCAUGCGCCAGAAGCAGGAGCGCGAGGCCCGCGAGCGCCAGCUGCAAGAGGAGCGCCUCGCCCGCCAGCGCGAGCGCGAGGAGGAAGCCGCCCUCUGGCGCUCCCUCGCCGUGCCCCAUCCCCAGCAGCAGCAACAACAACAGGCCACCCCACCAAAGGCGGAGGACAUCACCGCCCAAGAAGCCGCCGCCGCCGCGAUCGCCUACGCCACACCCCCCUCCUCCUCGCGGGGCAGCUCGCGCUCCCGCUCCCGCCAGGCCACCGCCUACACCACGCCGUCCCACUCGCGCGGCAGCAGCCGCGACGUCUCGCCGCCGGGCCUCUACUCGAGCGGCUCGUCCUACGCCGGCUCCACCUCGUCGCGCGCCACCACCCCGCUCAGCGAGGCGGACAUCACCUCGGCCCACCAGCCCUACAUCUGCGACUCGCCCAUGGACCUGGGCGCCGUCGAUGAGGAGGUGGAGGUUGAGGUGGUGGAUGUGGAUGGGGAUGUGGAUGCCUAUGGCCGGCCGUGCGUGCCGGAGAAGGAUGCCGUCUAUCUCAGGGCGGCGAAGCCGGCGAAGCAGCAGAUGCUGCCGUAUGAGAUUAGCGCGGAUGAGUUGAGGAGUUUGGAGGAGAGUGGACGGACUGGGACUGGGAGUAGUGGUGGGAAUGGGAUGGCGGGGAAGAGGAUGCGCGGGGUGUUUGGGCGGGUGUUUGGCACUGCGCGCUGA